CGCCAUCAAAUCGUUCCUGGUCAGCCACACCUGCUCAAUUUCUUCCACCCACUCAUCCCUCGUCAAGCAUUCCAUCUCUGAGGGCAGAGAGCCCGGAGAAACUAAUGGCCGAGUCGGCCAUUGGCUCCGUGCUUGGCAACGUGAGCACCCUUGCAGUCCAGGAGACCACAUUCCUGUGCGGCGUCAACCUUGAAGUGGGAUUCUUGAAGGAUGAACUGAAGCGGCUAAAGAGCUACCUUAAAUCCGCCGACACCAAAAGGAGAUCAGGAGAUGAGCUUGUGGCUACCUGGGUCAGCCAGAUCAGGGAUGCGGCAUACGAGGCCCAGAAUGCCAUUGAAGCGGCUGACUACAUGGAGAAGCGAAACAGGCUCAAGAAGGGGUUCAUGGGUGCCAUCUCGAGGUAUGCUCGCUUGCCAAGUGACCUGAUUACCCUUCACACAAUUGGUGCUGAAAUACAGCGUGUAAAAAGGAAGAUCAGUGAGAUAACUGAUAGUGCAAACCAGUGGCGGCGCCAGGAUUUUGAGGCUGGGUAUUCAUUGGCACAUAAAAAUACUCUAAAUCUUUUUCCCACAAUGCAAAAAUCCUACUGCCACCACCAGUCUCAUUCUUCUUCUUCAUCUACAUUACAACAAAACAAGGAAGAAAUUAGCAUCUACAAAUUAAAUCAACUACUUGCAAUAAUUAGGACUGUACCUGACCGCAGGGGGGAGAAAAACUGGCGCUGGUCCCUGGGCUGGGCGGCGCCGCGGCGGGCGAUGGGCGGCUGGGACUGGACACUGAUGAAUAGCAGAAGAGGGGCGAACGACGGGGCUGGGGCGGGGCAGCCGGCGUCCGACGAGCGCCGGGGCGGGGCGGCGAUGCAGUCCGUACGAAUACACACGAAUACCCUCAGCGCCGCCGAUGGUGCAAACCGUCUGAAAAUCAAUUUGGACAAUAGUGAUUUAGAAAAGGUUCAUAUUGAGGAUGAGUAUCCACAAGAUUAUGGUAUUAUGCACCAAAACUAUGAAGAUAUUGACCUUGUUGGUUUUGGGGAUGAGUACAAAGAAAUAGUUGGCAAGUUAGUUGACAAAGAGGACAUAACUCUUAGUGCUGUCUCCAUAGUUGCCAUGGGUGGGGCUGGAAAAACAACACUCGCUAGAAAAGUAUACACUUCAUCUAGUGUCAAACAACACUUUGAGGCAACUUCUUGGGUCACUGUAUCUCAAAAAUUCAAGGGCAUUGAUUUACUAAAGGAUAUUAUGAAACAAAUAAUGAACAUAUUUGCAAACAUGCCUCACCUGGUUGAUAUUUGUCUCUACCGAUUUGGUGUGCUCGAUAAGCUGCCUGCUGAGUUCCCACAAAGCGUACGUCGUCUUGUUCUAUUUGCCAAUGUCCUAAAACAAGACCCGAUGCCGAUCCUGGAGAAAUUUCCCCGCCUGGUGGUGUUGGAGUUGGGUGGGUACAAAGGCCAGACCAUGUGCUGCUCUUCCCAAGGGUUCCCUCGGCUGCAAGAGUUAGAAACUUCAUCAUUUUUCCACCGAGGAGUGGAGGAUGGAGGACGGGGCAAUGCCAAAGCUCUUCCACCUGUCACUUUGGGGGUGCGAGAAGAUGAGCAAGCUCCCCGUGGGGUUGCUGCACUCGGUCACCUGAAGCUAUACUAUAUGCCCCAAAUUUCUGAAGAUGACAGCACUCGAAAGGAGCUGCAGCAGAAAGGAUGCGAGGUGGAAAUUAGGGAGUGAUUGCAGAUCUGAAGGGCGCGGCGAAUUCAUCUUCAUUCUCAUCUAAAAUCUGUCACCCUCCUCGCUCCCCACACCCCUGUCCCCUCACGGUUCAUUCUGGAACCCAUUCCUCCCAAUCCUCAAAUCCCUCCUUCCCCCCCCCCCCCCCCCCCCCCCCCCCCCCCCCCCCCCCCCCCCCCCCCCCCCCCCUCCCUUCGAUGCCAUGGGCGACAACCUCUCUCCUCCAAUGUCCCCUCGCUCCUCCGUCAAGAUCCGCCAUUCCGAUGCCAAUCUCACCGCCUUCUCAUCUUCCGGUGCCGUCGGCCGUCUAUGAGAUGGAGCUGAGGCGGUCCAGGAGAGCCGCUGCACGACACCGACCUUCAUUCCCGGUGCCAAGGUCGCCGGUCGCCUCUCCCCCGAGCUCGAUGAGCUAAAAGGCUGGCCUACGCCUCCGCCUUCGGCAACACCACCGCCGGCCGUCUGCGACUCCCCCCAACUCUAAGCCUAGCGCCGCACGGGAGGGUGGGCAACGCCUCCUCCCCCGGCGGCGGAGAUGGGUCUGAUUGCUUUUUCUUUUUUUCAUUCGGGUGCAAAAGUGUCUGUUCCAGGUGUUAAUUUCUAGUGCAAAAUGUACAGUCCAAAAAUUGGAUCUUAUUCC